CUCUCUUUCUGGUCCCUUCACCCUGUGGACCCCACCCAUCACUAUCCACAGAACGCAGACCCCAUGUUGUGAUAUCCCUGAGCACCGAGCACCAUCCUUUUAAGCCCCGCCCUUCAGCAGCCUUCUCAAGCCACGUCUAGCCACGCCCUUCCGCUCAUCAAGUAGGCCACGCCCCUUCUUACCUAUUUUGCAUAUCCAGCCCCGCUCCUCGCCUCCAGGUUCACGGAGGGGCUAGACUCUGCCCCUCUGCAGGGGGUGGAGCUCUCCUAGCAGAGCCCCUCCCAGGCCAACCCCACAAACCCCAGUUCCCUCCUUCCCCAGCACACCCGGGGGAGGCGCCCGCAGCCGGAGCGCAGUAAAAAACACUUUCUCCCAAAUUUUUGCGCAUUUUCCACUCCUACCUGGUACCAGCGCUCGGGCCCCAGUGGCGUCCGUAUCCCCACCCCAGGACUCUCGAAGGCCUACUGCCCGUUCCCUUCCUCCAUCCCAGGCCCGCGCCAUGGGCCGUUCCUACGGAGGCCGGAUACUGACCGCGAUGACCCUACUGGGCAUCCCGGCCGCGGUGCUGGUCGUGCUGGCUGCGCAGCUACUGUUCCAACUCCAGGCAGGGCGCGCGGAGCUGCGGGGCGUACGCACCGACGGGCUGCACCCGGAGCUGGACCCCGAUGCCGGGCUACCCGAAGCCGCGGCUGGAGCAUUGCUGCCUCUGGCGACCGCGCUGGCUGCGCUGGCACAGGUCUUCGGGCUUAGCUGCUUGCUGCUCGCCGCGCUCUGCGGCCACCUGGGCGCCGAGUUGGCACGCGGGCCGGGUCCAGGCAGGUCGGACUGGUUUCUGUAUGACUGCCGGUUCCUCAGGCACUCGGCGCUUGGCCUGUUCUGCUGUGGGGUCUCCAUCUACUUAGCAGCACUGGCCAUGUACGCCCUGCUGUUGUUCGAGAUCGAGGCGGGCGCAGCAGCUGCAGCUAUCCUGGGUUCGGGUGCCCUCAUCCUGGUGGCGAUAAUGACACACACCCUGUUCCGGGCUGUUCAGGCCACUCGUCGGGGUCUCCGGGAGCUGUCCCCACCAUCCUUUGAAGAUGAACCAGCCCGGCCUCCGGAAGACUCCAAAGCUGGCCGCAGAGCUCAGCCCCGGCAGGAUGAGGAAACGGAGGGGCUGUGACUCACCGAGGGCUCCACUUCUGAGCAUCAGCGUCUGGACUUGCACCCGGGUCUUGUGACCCCAGCCCCACGUCCCUGGAAGAAAGCUCAAGUCUUAGACUGCGACUCCCUGGCACUGCCUGGGGAGACGUGCACAUUUGAACCUUGAGUGUGGUGCAGCCUAAGGCCAGCGGCAUUGAGGGGUGGCUGGAGUUUGGCUGUGGCACCAAGGCUGAGUGUGUCUCCUUGCUGUGUCUCGGUUUCCUGAGGAAGCCACUGGCUCACAGCUCCAGGGGUUUGUCUUAGGCAAUUAUUUCUGUCGCUGACGUAAAACACCCUGGUCACGGUCACUUAAGGGACAAGGGCGUAUUCUGUCUUGCAGCUCAAGGGUGUGGUUCAUCAUGGCAGGGAAGGAGGAGAGAGCAGAUCACGUGACUCCCUCAGCGGAGAAGCAGAGAGAUGAAAGGUCCCUGCAGUCCAUGGGCUGGCUGGCGCUGCCAUCUUUAGCACAGGCUGUCCCCUGUCCCACCUCCCUGAAGCCAGCCUGGAACCUCACCCCGACAUGCCCAGAGGUGGUCUCCAAGGUGACUCUAGACCUGCCUGGGUUGGCAAUCGGUGUUAACCAGCUGUCACUGGCACAUGUGUGGAGGCAGGAGACUGCCUCCUUAAGGGAAUGGAACAGGCCCACAGGCCCACAGACAUCUCCACCCCUCUCCAGAUUGCACAGCGCAGGAAUAAACUCAGAUGGUGGCCUU